AUGAUCCGCCAUGCCAAACGGGACGAGGAGGCCGGAGGUCCCGGGUUGGGCGUGCUGGACACGAGGAAGCGCACUCGUCGUCUUCCCGAUGGGACGAUCGUGACGAGACCGACCAAGAGACAGAGUCGGGCGAACAGCGGCAAGACUGCGAAUGGGAGUGGCAGUCGCAGUAACAGCAACGACAAUCAUCACAAUCCCAUACAGCCCGCAUCGCCCGUAUACAGCAGACCGAGUCACAGUGGUGCCUCUGCGUCGGAGCCAAGUGUGUCGUUGUCGGAUUGCCCAACAGGCCUUCAUCACCAUUAUGAUAUGCCGCCGGAUGGGGCGCCUGUGUCCCCUCCCCGAUCUACAAAUAUGUCCGGACUCAGCAGUACGAUGAGCCUGGAGAACGAGCCCUUGGACGAGAAUGUUGGCAUCGACACCAGCGAGUCACUGCUGGCGCCGAUGAUGCCCGGUGGCCCCUAUGAACCGUUCGUCGAGCCGAUUGCGGGUCAGUUUGAUGUCGCCGAUGGCGCGUGGCAGACGAAUGCAACGCUUCCACCGUCGUCGAUGGAUAUGGAUUAUGAAGACACGUUUAACCUGGAUACAGCGACUUCGUUUAACAUGCCCUUCGCGACAACGCACAACUACAAUUGGCUCUUCGAUGCAUCCUCGCUCAACGAUGCUUUCAAAGUGGACGAGGCGCUGCUGUCGACUGGCCUUUCCAAUUUCGUGGAACCCGUGCCUGACAUGUGGUCCCAGCCGCUUUGUAAGUCUGCGGAACAACCGUCGAGGAUGCGUCCCGAUCCGGUUACCUCGACGAACGAUUUGAUGCUGUUUCAGGCAGACCGCAACCUUGCUGCUCCUUGUGGCCAAUCCAUCCCUGCACCGCAGGUGGACGCUUGGCAAUGCUCGGGACUGUCGCAGUCCGCGGACUUUGACUGGAUGGGACCGGCCGUGCCUGUUGACCCCCCCAAACCCUUGCUGCCAUGCAUCACCGAGGAGGUGCGAGCCCGAAUAUUGGACCUGGUGGCUCAGGCCUGUCCGACGACAAUGGAUGGUUCUCCCAUUGACCAUGCGUCGCCACUGUUAUCGCUGGCGGCGCUUCAGAGCUACUGCGAUCUCUUCUUCACCAGAUUCAACACGUCCUAUCCGAUUAUCCACAAGGCGACUUUCGACCCAUCCAAGGUGGAGCGGCUAUUGCUUGCUGCCGUGAUUUCUCUCGGUGCAACCUACAGUUCCCGAGACGCGCAUAGACUGGCCGUUGCCAUUCAUGAUAUCCUUCGGAACCUUGUAUUCGCCCACGCCGGUUUCUCAGCGGACCCAGACCUGUGGGUUCUCCAGACGAUGGUGCUCAUCGACUGCUUCGGGAAGUCCCGAGCUGGCCAGAAACAGCGAGAUAUGGCACAGUUGUUCCACUGCGUCCUCAUCAAGCUGAUCCGGAGGAGUGACUGCACGGCCAUCCGCACAUCACCCGCAAAGCCAGAUCUACAGGACCUCGAUCUGGAAUGGAGGCGGGCCAUGGACGUAGAGCAGCGCAAGAGGCUCGCCAUCCUCUGUUUCAUGUGGGACACGCAGCACGCGACCCUCUUCUCGCAGUCCCUGUGCAUGUCGGCGUUUGAGAUCCGGUCCUCCCUCGCCUGCGACUCGGGCACCUGGGAAGCUGAAUCGGCGGAAGAAUGGCAUCGGAAUUCCCAACGGGAAGGUCUGCAAUCGCAUCUCCCGUUCCUCAACGUGCUCAAAGCCUACAUCACCCCGAACGCAAUGCAACGGCCGCGUCACCUUAACGCUCUCUCCCGGGUUCUGCUUCUGCACGGCCUCAUGUCCAUCGCCUCGGACCUGAAACGCCGCGACCAGACCACCCUGCGCGUCGAGUCUCCGGAUCUAGUCGGCGCCUGGAAAGCGCGAAUAAGCCGCUCCCUGGACCUCUGGAAGGCUGACUUUGACGCCGACUGCAUGAAUAUGAAGCUCAAUGUGCUGUCGGAUCUGCGCGCGUUCACGGGCCACAAGACCUCCGCGCAUGCCUUGUAUCACACGGCGCAGAUCACGCUGGACGUGGAGGUGCUGGAUCUCCAGAUCUUCGCGGGCGCCACGCACAUUCUAGGCCGUGUCGUGACGGAUUCCGACGUCCAACGGUCCCGUCGAGCAGUCAUGAAGUGGGUUAACGAGGAUCCCCGGUCCGCGGCGAAGGUCGCACGUCAUGCGAGCUUGAUCCUGCAAGAUGCCGUUAUGAAUCUGAAUGAUUGGGAUGAUAACGAUGCGUUCCAUUAUCCGUGGUGUCUGUAUUUGGCGACGUUGGGUUGCUGGGCGUUUCAUUUACCGACGUCGUCGUCUGCUGGCACUGCUGCUUCAGAGGGUAGCAGCAGCAGCAGUAGUAACAGGGCGUUGACGGAUAGAGAAGCGAAGAACCAGAUGACGGCCUUGCUGGUCGGUAUGACGACUUGUAACUCGUUAGAGGAGCUGUCAUCCAUGGCGGGCAAGUUCAGCACGAACGGGCUAACAGCUGUCAUGGCGAAGCAAUUGGCGAUCGUGCGAUGGGCGAUUGUGCAUGAUGCUAUGAAAGUUCUUAUGAAUCUGAGCAGUCCUGGUGGUAAAUUCUGGUAAUUUCUAUGUCGAUUACUGUGGUUAUCUGUAUAUGCAUCAUAGAAUGAUGAAUUGAAGAAAUCUAC